UCGAGUUCCGGAGUCCAGUCGCUGGCCGCCUUGCUGGAUCCGAGAUGCAGCCGCCGCCCCGAAAAGUGAAGCCGGCCCAGGAGGUGAAGCUUCGCUUCCUGGAACAGCUGAGCAUCCUCCAGACCCGGCAGCAAAGGGAGGCGGAUCUGCUGGAGGACAUCAGAUCCUACAGCAAGCAGAGGGCAGCUAUUGAACGGGAGUAUGGGCAGGCACUCCAGAAACUGGCUGGCCCAUUCCUGAAGAGGGAAGGGCACCGGAGCGGCGAGAUGGACAACAGACCUUCUUUGGGAACGGGCAGGACAGUGUUUGGUGCCUGGCGCUGCCUGCUGGAUGCCACCGUGGCUGGGGGCCAAACCCGGCUCCAGGCAUCCGACCGAUACCGUGACCUAGCAGGGGGUACAGGGCGGAGCGCCAAGGAGCAGGUGCUUAGGAAGGGAACAGAGAACCUCCAGAGGGCACAGGCUGAGGUGCUGCAGUCUGUCCGGGAGCUGAGCCGAAGUCGGAAGCUGUAUGGGCAGCGGGAACGAGUGUGGGCCUUGGCACAGGAGAAGGCAGCUGAUGUCCAGGCCAGGCUAAACCGAAGUGACCAUGGGAUCUUCCACUCUCGCACCAGUCUCCAGAAACUGAGCACCAAGCUGUCCGCCCAGUCAGCCCAGUACUCCCAGCAGCUGCAAGCAGCCCGCAAUGAGUACCUGCUUAACUUGGUGGCUACCAAUGCCCACCUCGACCAUUACUACCAGGAGGAACUGCCAGCUCUGCUCAAGGCCCUGGUCAGUGAGCUGUCAGAACACUUGAGGGACCCCCUGACCUCCCUGAGCCGCACUGAGCUGGAAGCCGCAGAGGUCAUCCUGGAGCAUGCCCACCGCGGGGAGCAGACAACCUCCCAGGUAAGCUGGGAGCAAGACCUGAAGCUGUUUCUUCAGGAGCCUGGCAUAUUUUCCCCCACCCCACCUCAGCAGUUUCAGCCAGCAGGGACUGAUCAGGUGUGUGUCCUGGAGUGGGGAGCAGAAGGCGUGGCUGGUGAGAGUGGCCUGGAGAAAGAGGUUCAGCGCUUGACCAGCCGAGCUGCCCGUGACUACAAGAUCCAGAACCAUGGGCAUCGGGUUCUGCAGCGACUGGAGCAGAGACGACAGCAGGCUUUAGAACGGGAGGCUCCAGGCAUAGAACAGAGGUUACAGGAAGUGCGAGAGAGCAUCCACCGGGCACAGGUGAGCCAGGUGAAGGGGGCUGCCCGGCUGGCUCUGCUGCAGGGGGCGGGCCUAGAUGUGCAACGCUGGCUCAAGCCAGCCAUGACCCAGGCCCAGGAUGAGGUGGAACAGGAGCGACGGCUCAGCGAAGCUCGGCUGUCCCAGAGGGACCUCUCUCCAACUGCUGAGGAUGCUGACCUUUCUGACUUUGAGGAAUGUGAGGAGACAGGAGAGCUCUUUGAGGAGCCUGCCCCCCCGGCCCUGGCCACCAGGACCCUCCCCUGCCCUGCACAUGUGGUAUUUCACUAUCAGGCAGGGCGUGAGGAUGAGCUGACCAUCAUGGAGGGUGAGUGGCUGGAGGUCAUAGAGGAGGGAGAUGCUGAUGAAUGGGUCAAGGCUCGGAACCAGCACGGUGAGGUAGGCUUUGUCCCUGAGCGGUAUCUCAACUUCCCCGACCUCUCCCUCCCAGAGAGCGGCCAAGACAGUGACAAUCCCUCCGGGGCAGAGCCCACAGCAUUCCUGGCGCGGGCCCUGUACAGCUAUACCGGACAGAGUGCAGAGGAGCUGAGCUUCCCCGAGGGGGCGCUCAUCCGUCUGCUGCCCCGGGCCCAAGAUGGAGUAGAUGAUGGCUUCUGGAGGGGAGAAUUUGGAGGCUGUGUUGGGGUCUUCCCCUCCCUGCUGGUGGAAGAGCUGCUUGGCCCCCCAGGGCCACCUGAACUCUCUGACCCUGAACAGGUGCUGCCGUCCCCUUCUCCUCCCAGCUUCUCCCCACCUAUACCUACCUCUGCGUUGGAUGGGCCCCCUGCACCUGUCCUGCCUGGGGACAAAGCCCUGGACUUUCCUGGGCUCCUGGACAUGAUGGCACCUCGACUCAGGCCGGUAAGGGCCCUUGCCUCGGGGAAGAGUGUGUGUAGAGGGUCAUUCCACCCAGUCCUGUUGUGUCUGCAGGGCUGUGGGAAUAGGGAUAACUUUAAGGGAGGACUCUGGAGAACUAACUGUGUGUUCCCUACAGAUGCGUCCACCACCUCCCCCACCAGCUAAAGCCCCAGAUCCUGGCCACGCAGAUCCCCUCACCUGAAGGCCAGGGAAUCCCUGACCCCCAGUGAUGCUGCUGCCCCUAUCUUCAAGCUGUCAGACCACACCCUCAGUGAUCCAGAGCAACACAGCCAAAAGCUGGAAUCUCCCUUAUUUCCACCCUCACCUCCAAGGGUAGAAACUUGCCCCUUCCCACUUCUGGGGCUGGAACCCACUCCUUUUUUUCCAAUUGUUCUAUCAUCUCUAGGACUGAACUACUCCUUUCUCUUCUGCUACCACCUUACUUAGGGUGGUGAAAUGCCUGAAAUCUCUGGGGCUGGAAACCAUCCAUCAAAGUCUCUAGCGGUCCUGGCUUACCUCUGUCUCCACCCUGGCUCUGUGACCCACCCCACUCUGGAUGCCAGGGUCACUGGGGUUGGGCCCGGGAGAGGAACAGGCCUUGGGAAUCAGAAGGAGCUGGAGCCAGGAUGCAAAGCAGCUGUAAUGGUCUAAGCGGAUUUAUUGACAGUGAAUAAAGGGCACGAAGGCCAGGCCAGGGCCUGGGCCUCUUGUGCUAAGAGGG